AUUUUUUUUCCUUCAUCUCUCACUUUUUAGAUAUAUCACAUGAUGCAUUAUCUUCAUUAUUCUCUCUAUAUGGCUCUAUAAAGACAACGGUGUGGUGUUCCAAACAUUUUUCCUUCUCAAUUAGUAUCACUUUUCAGUUUUUCCCAUUAUAUAUUUAUUGGGUCAGUUGGGUGCACCGUUCUUCAUCCCUCACUCACUCACUAGCUAUAUACCAUGCCAUCUCCACCACCAAGUGAAUACCUACAAGACCUCAUAGAGCGAGCUCGACCCUUCCUCCGUGGCGAGCUCGCCUCCAUCGACAAGGACCUACCUUCGCUGGUCGCAGUCCUGCAAUCCGCCGGCGCCGGCGAGUGCUGGCACAAGCACGGCAGCUUCCUCCAACACCUCCUCGACAUCCACCGCAUCCUCCACCUCUGGAAAGCCCCUCGCUCCGUCUCCCUCUGCGGCCUCUUCCACUCCGCUUACUCCAACUCCUACGUCAACCUCGCCAUCUUCGACCCUUCAACUUCCCGCGACAUCGUCCGCCGCCACGUCGGCCACCAAGCCGAGCGCUUGGUUCACUUGUUCUGCGUCGUGCCCCGCCAGCAACUCAUCCACGAUGACCUCCUCUUCCACUACUCCGAUCCCGAGCUUCUCCAACACCUUCACCAGUCGGAGAAAUCUUUAACAGUUGCAUUAGAUGAAGAUGAAGAUGAAUCUUCGGAUUGGAGGAAGAAAUUGCAGGCUCUUCUUCCUGCUGAGGGGAUCCAUGUGAAGCAUAUUCGCACUGGUGAAGAUGUGUGUCUCUCGAGGAGAGUGGUGGCGGUGUUCCUCAUGAUGACCAUGGCGGAUUUCUGUGACCAGCUCUUUGGUUUCCAGGACAUUCUGUUUGAUAACGUCAAUGGCCGCCUCGAGUUUUCCGGCAACAAUUUUGGGGCUCUUUGGCCGGGAGAUGGUAAGCCAGGUCUGUGGUUGAAUUCAAUUUCAAGGAUGGGGGCAUUGUACAAUUUGAUUGUGAGAGAGGAAGAGAUUUUCAUGGAAGAGAGGAAGAAAAGGGAAGGGUUUGGUCAUGAUUAUCAUGAUCAUGAGAGGGAUGAAGAAAUUGAGCUUGUGAUUCCACCUGUUUUUGAUAACUGUAAGAAAGUUUUGGAUGCAGGGGAUCAGAUAGUUGCUAGGGAUUUGUAUUGGGAAGCUGUUUGUGAUGUGAAAAAAAACCCAUUUGAAGAAUUGGGGAGGGUGGAGGAGUUGUUGUUAGCGUCUAUUGAGAAGAACCCCUUUGUUGGGGAGCCAUAUGUGGUGUUGAGUCAGGUUUAUUUGGUGAGUGGUAGAUUUGAAGAGGCUGAGAGAGAAGCAGAGAGAGGGCUGAGGCUUCUGUUGGAAUGGGGGUGUCCCUGGGACAAGAGAACUUCUUGGGAAGGGUGGGUUGCAUGGACAAGAGUGUUGUUGAUGAAGGCAAGGGAGAAAUCUUGGCCUCAAACUUCAUGGGGUAUCCUAAAUUUGGGACUUGUGAAGUAACUAGUCUGUAUGGAAAAUAUUGGGUAGACACUCAACUAUGUAGACAUGCAGGGAGAGAAAUGGAAAUAAAUAAUGAUGUAAUAUAUGAUCUGAUAAGCGAGAAAGAUGGAGAGAAAAAUUAGGUAUAUGUGAGGUGUUGGAACCGCUUGGAUGUGUGUUCAUCUAUAAUAACUAUUGAUAUAUAUGGCUUUGAAAUGACCAAGUACUCAGCUAAA